UGCUGCUCCCAGACAGCAUCAUGGCCACUGCAAAUCCAGCAAAGACCCUUCAGGAUGACGCUACUUGUUCCAUCUGUCUGGACUACUUCCAGGACCCUGUGAUGAUCAUAGAAUGUGGGCACAAUUUCUGUCGAGCCUGCAUCACCAAGUACUGGAAAGCAUCGGAUUGCAGUGCCUGCUGCCCUGAAUGCAGGCAACUGUUUUCCUGGAAGAAUCUCAAACCCAACCGACAGCUGGGGAAUAUGGUAGAAACAGCUAAACAGCUCAAUUUGCAGCUGAAGAACAGCUCAGAAAAGGAGAGAAUGUGUGAGGAACACCAAAAACCUCUGACUGUCUUCUGCAAAACAGAUCAGACCCUCAUUUGCACAGUCUGUGACCGAUCUAAGGCUCACCGAAAUCACGAAGUUGUUCAUACACCAGAAGCUUCUGCGCAUUACAAGGAGAUGCUGCUGAGGCAUCUAGAAAAUUUGAAGAAAGAAAGAAACAAGAUUCAGUCAGCUAAAUCAAAUGGAGAAAAGCCAUGCCAGGAGUUAUUGAAAGAGACACAAGUCAAGAGGCAAGAGAUUGUGUCUGAAUUCCAACGACAGCAUCAGUUUUUGGAAGAACAAGAACAGCUUCAGCUGUCCAAGCUGAGAGACCUGGAAAAGGAGAUUGAGAGGAAAAGAGAUAAUUAUGCAAGCAAGUUUGUGGAUGAAAUAUCUUACAUCACUGAUCUGAUUGGUGACCUGGAAAAAAAAGACAAGCAACCAACAAAUGAAUUUCUGCAGAAUAUUGGAAGCGUAUUAGACAGAUGUAAGAAGGGAACAUUUCAAUAUCCAGCUAUACCUGAUGCUUCAGAUAUGAAGAAAAGAUUCUAUCAAUUCUGUGAAGGGAGCACAUUUCUGCAAAGUUCUUUGAGGAAAUUCAGAGAUAACCUGUUAAAACCAAAAUGGAUCAAAGAAAAUGUGUUGUUUGAUCCAGAAACAGCCCAUCCCCGAUAUGUUGUGUCUGCAGAUCGUAAAACUGUAAGAUGGGGGAGUAUCCGUCAGGAAUUCCCCUACAACCCAAAGAGAUUUCACUAUGUUCGCUGUGUUCUGGGCUGCAAGGGGUUCACUUCAGGGAAACAUUACUGGACCGUGGAUGUCGGAGAUGGAGAUUACUGGGCUGUGGGAGUGGCCAGAGAAUCUGUGGAGCGGGAGGAGGAAAUUGAGUUUGAACCUGAUGAAGGAAUCUGGGCUCUUGGGCUUUAUAAUGAUCAGUACAAAGCUCUGACUUCACCUCCUACCCUACUGGAUGUAGAGGAUGAACCAACACAGAUCCAGAUUUCUUUGAACUAUGAAGCGGGAACAGUUGCUUUUUAUGAUACUGAAGAUAAUACCCGUCUCUUCACUUUCCAGUCAGUUGAUUUUGAAGGGGAGGAAAUUUUCCCUUUUUUCCGGAUUGUUGAUUCAUCAACUGUCCUGAAGUUGUGUUCUUAAAAAACAGGUUUAUUCUCUGCCGUGAUUGAGAUAGGCAGAUACUCAGAUGCCUCCAGGUGGUUGUUCUGUAAGGGAUCAAGAUGAACAGGAAAAUUAAUUUAGGGUUUUUUUUAAUGAGUACCUUAUUUUGUAGAAAAAAUGAUCACUUAGAUUUCAAAAGGACCUUAAAGACUAACAAGAUUUUCAGGAUAUAAGCUUUUGAGAGUCAACACUCCCUUUCUUCAGAGGAAGGGGGCGUUGACUCUCAAAACAUUAUACCCUGGAAAUCUUGUUGGUCUCUGAGGUGCUACCUGAAACUAGAUUUAGAAAGUGGCUCAUAACUUAACAGCUAUAGCUGGAAGUAGACACAAAUCCCUGGUGAAAUCCAGGAUGAGAUUAUCUCAUACUAGUUCACAAAUGUUUAUGCUAGAAUAAAAAUGUGUUAGUCUUAAAUGUGCAACAAAACUCCUGAUAACAGCAACAAAAACAGCAGCCCCUCCAGAAUGGAUUAGUUGCCAUUAGGAUUCUUUGCACCUUUUUGAGUGUAAGGCCUGGUUAGGUUUGCCAGCCCCCCAUCUUAGGAACAACGCAACUAGAAACCCA